AUGGGUAAAUCAUCAAAGGAUAAGAGAGAUAUAUAUUAUAGAAAGGCAAAGGAAGAGGGAUGGAGAGCAAGGUCUGCAUUCAAACUUUUACAGAUAGACGAUGAUUACUCGAUAUUCGAAGGCGUGAAGAAGGUCGUGGAUCUCUGUGCUGCACCAGGCAGUUGGAGCCAGGUACUCAGUCGUCGCAUAUACAAAGAGGGCAACGACCCCGAUGUCAAGAUAGUUGCCGUCGACAUCCAAGAGAUGGCACCUCUACGAGGUGUACUUCAAAUCAAAGGUGAUAUCACCAAGCUCACGACGGUCCACCAGAUCAUCUCUCACUUUGAUGGACACCUUGCUGACCUCGUGGUGUCUGAUGGUGCCCCUGAUGUUACUGGACUACAUGACAUUGACUUUUAUGGACAAGCUCAAUUGAUUGUGUCGGCAUUCAAUAUAACGACACAUGUACUGCGACCAGGUGGCACGUUUGUCGCAAAGAUGUUCAAGGGCAAUGAUAUGACAUUGAUGUACAAUCAGAUGAAGAUAUUCUUUGGUCGAGUCAGCUUUGUCAAACCAACGAGCAGCAGAGACUCAUCACUCGAGUCGUUCAUUCUUUGUCAAGACUAUCAGCCACCACAGCACUACGUACCGACAAUGAUCGAUCCAAUGCAAGACAAUCAUCGAACCACACAGCAACAACAAGAGCAUCGCAGCGCCGAUGAGCAAGAGCAAGUCAAGCUAAACGAUUGUUACAUCAGAUUUGUUGCAUGUGGAGACCUAAGUGGACUCCAAGAUCUUCGCUCCGUGGCAGCCACAGGCUCAACAUCAUCCUCAUAG